CGCAGCUCGUCUUUAUGUUUCUGUUUUCUUUUCUUUAGCUCCCGAACCUAUGGCCAUUCUGUAUCCCCUAUUCAAAGCAGCUCUAACAGUUGUAACAGCGCUUUCUUUUUUAAAUGCUGCUGUUGUUGGUUCCCACCUCAGUAUAUACAACGAACUCGGCGCACCAACAUUUCGAUCACCAAGGAAUGUUUUGUUUGCUGUAGUUGCUGGAGGGUCGAGUCAUACAUCGUGGGUGGCACAAAUCUUGAACGAGCUAUCUAAGCGUGGGCACAGUAUUACUUUUGCAUCAACAGGCAGUCACCUUAGGUUUUUCAAGCCAUACCCACAAAUGAAAGGUGUGUCAUUCGGCAACGAGACAGUUGACUACAGGCUAGGCCAACAUGUUAUCAGAGAGCCUAGAACGUGGGAUGGCCUCCGAAGCGAUUUUAAGCUUGAUACAGAUGUUUACGAACCAAUAUAUAAUGAUAUGAAAAACGUCAUCUCAAACCAGCAAUUUGACGUUGUCAUCAGUGACUUUUUUUGUCCCGCUUGUAUCGAUGCAGCGUAUGCAGCUAAUAUACCUACUAUCCUCACUGUACUAUUUAAUCCGGUCUCAGCUAGUAGCGAGUCUACUACAGACCGUAUUUCUCUUUGGUUACGGUUCUACAAAAAGUUUUUCUACCCUGUCCAAUUAUACUGGAACUUGGCUACAGAGCUGGAAAAAUUUGAGCAGCAACGACAAAAGUGUAUUGGAUUCGUGCCCGAGGAUAAUACACGCCACUCACUCGUAAUCAUAAACAACCUCUACGGGAUUGAGGAAGCACGACCGAUGGAACCGCUGUCCGAAAUGAUCGGUCCGAUAUACAAUGGCGCCUAUGAUCCGUUGCCGCCUGCCAUUCAGAAAUUUCUUGAGAACCAUGAACGCGUCGUAUUUGGUGCCUUUGGACAGCAUGCAGCGAUGACACGCGACGAAGCGGUGCGUGUGCUAGUCGGCCUGUUGAACGCGUUGGAAACUGGAUUAAUCGAUGGUUUUAUGUGGGUGCCUGGAAGAUCUAUCGAUGGUAAUGCAAGAACACUAUUUCCAAAUACGGUCACGACAGCAUCUGGACAAGAGUAUCGCGUCGAAGAUCUCUACAGAGACCAUCCACACGCUCGACUGAGCAGCUGGGCGCCUCAAUUUGCAAUUCUUCAGCAUCCAUCAGUCAUUACUUUUCUUUCUCAUGGCGGUGGGACAUCUCUAUUCGAAGUGUCGUACGCAGGCAAGCGCGCAGUUAUCAUUCCGUUUUUUGGUGACCAGCUUGCAAAUGCAGUUAGGCUUGACCGUGCGCAAGUGGCAGUGCAUUUGGAUAUAAGCAAGCUUGACGAUAUUCUCGAAGCACUGCGUCGUGUAAUACAAGACAAGGAUGGUGUCCUUCAAAGUAACGUCAAGCGAUACCAAGCAUUGAUGCAGAUUCGUGCACAGCAUGCGGUCGCCCGAGGAGCAGAUUUGGUGGAGGAAGUUAUAUUCGCCACCAAGGACGGGAUUCUGCCACAUCGUCAGGAUGUCGCUAAAAAGAUGUCUUUUUUGAAGGCAAAUAAUUAUGAUUUGUAUUUAUGUUUAGCUGCUAUUGUGAUGGGACUGGGAUGGGCUAUCCGCUUUGCACAUCAUAGCUGGAAGGUGUAUUAUCAGAAAAUUACACAAGAAAAGAAACUUAAACAGAACUGAUAGAUGGCUGAGUACGCCUAUGUAUAUGUAGCCUCAAUAAAGAACAUAUAAGUUUAAGCACUCG